GUCACAUGAACGGUUUGUUGUGGUCGUGACGGAAAACCUUUUGAAACAUGUAGCUGAAAACUGCAGUAUUAACGUGACUCUCUCAGUUCUGGCGAAAUUAAAUUAUCUGUCCAACAAACCGAAGCGUUACCCACCGAAGCCUCUUCACAGUGAAAACGGCGAGAGGCUGUUUCUGUGUGACGCUGGGGACUUUUCAGAUAGAGAAGCUUGUAACGUUAGCUAGCUGCCUUGUGCUUUGAGUUUUGGGUUCGUGUUCAGGGAAGCGUCUGUAAAAUCUGGCUUCGCUGUGUUUGACCGGCUGACGUCAUGCUCCGGUGGAUUCUCGGUGGUCGGGAAGCUCAGAGCUCAGCGGAGAAAAGCCCUGUGCUGUGCAUUGGAGAGGAACAGCCCAAAAACUGCUUCACUGAGCUGCAGGUGCUGAAAGGACAUUUUGACAUUGUUCGAUUUCUGGUGCAGAUUGAUGACUUCAGAUGUGCCUCAGCAGGGGAUGAUGGCCUUGUUUUGGUGUGGAAUGUUGAGACUGGGGAGAGGCUGCAGGAGCUGAGGGGCCAUUCUCAGCAGAUAACAGCCAUAACCACCAUCACCUGCAAAAAUGAAGUCACAGUGAACACCUCGCUUAUCACUGCCUCUUCAGACCGAAGCCUCAGCCUCUGGGACCCUGAUACAGGCAACAGGGUCCAGACCAUUUCAGAUCUUCAUUCUUCUGUAAAGUGUUUGCUGGUGCUCGAGCGACUGUGUGUGUGGCUCUCUGGUGGGGAAGAACUAUGCGUGUGGAAUAGAGACUUUCAGCUGCAGUGUCAGCGACCCAACCACAGUGAUACUGGAAUCACUGCUUUGAUCGAACUGCCGAAGAACUACAUAGCAGCUGCCAUGGAUAAAAAAAUAAUGAUCUACAGCUUGACAGUUUCUGCUGAUUCCUCUGUGUCAGCGGCUGAGAUCCGCUGCCUGUCCGACCACCAGGAUCAGAUCCGAGCUCUUAUCAACGUCAAUGACGGGCUCUUCGCCAGUGGGUCCCAUAUGGGCGAGUUGAUCUUAUGGAAUGCGACUGAUUGGAACCUCCUGGCCUAUGAACACAUUCUCUGGGAAGAGUCCCAAGCCUACAAUCAGACUGAAAUACGAAUGGGGGCUCCUAAACCCAGCGAGAUGUCCAUUCAGCACCUGACCACCAAUGGAAAUCUCAUCCUUGCUGCUGUGGGCAGCGGUCUCUACGUCUACAGUGUUCAGACCAGAAGCGUGGUGGCCUACAGGAAGGUUGCCCACGACUCUAAUGUGUUACACACCAUGCUGCUGUCUGACAGUGAACUGAUGUCCUGCUCUGAAGAUGGCAGUGUGAGGAUGUGGGAGAUCCAAGACUUGCCUUUGCCGGCUGAACCAGCUUCUUCAGGGUUCUUUGGGAUGUGGAGUUUUGGCCGUUCAAACAAACAAUCUGGUCCUCCUUCGAAGAAGGUUAUAGACAUUCCCAACAUUAGGAUGCUGGAGUUGACUGGAGAUCUGAUUGGACACUCAGGAGCAGUCCAGAUGUUCGUAAGUUUCAAGGAGAACGGUUUGGUCACAUGCUCGGCGGACCACCUGCUCAUUCUGUGGAAGAACGGAGAAAGACAGUCUCGUCUCCGCAGCCUGGCCCUUUUCCAGAAAUUGGAGGAGAGGGGAGGACUUUGACAUUUAUGUCACUCGCUUUAAAAAAAAGUUGGGAGGUUGAUGCUUAAUGGUGUUCACAAAUGAUUUAAAUGUUAGUGUAAUGGUUGGUGUUUACAUUUAUUCACUUUGCCUUUGGACUGAAGAUGUUUAUUACCUUAAAUUCUAUAAACUGUCUGUAAAUACCUCAUCUUCCAAAUGUAACAGUACUUUUGUUUCCACACUGGAGUGUUUGAGCACUGUGAUGCUGACAUAAGUCAUUUUGUACCAAACACAGUCUGUUGUGGUUUUACAUUAGUACAGCCCAGUUCAAUUCUUGUCCAGGCUUUACUGUAGAUCUACAUUUGUGCCUCUUCAUGUUGUGUAGGUCUGCUUCCAUGUGCCAAGAAGCACUGUUGUGAUCAUCUAGUAGUGCUAUGAGAGGAAGGUUCAGCAGCUUAUACAUGUAAUCAUUUGCACUAUUGUUGCUGUUUUUGUGUGUUUGUUUGGGUUUUUAAUAUAGUUUGACAGUAUGCUUCUUUGUGUUUUUGAGAGUUAUGAGAAUGACAGUGCUUUAGCAGUGGCAUCAUUCGAUAAUGCUUGUAUUUUUCAAAAAUAUUUUCCACACUAUGCAUUAUCACUUUUUAAUUAUUGCCAUGAUUAUGCAGUGUGUCUGGAAAGUAUUUGCAGAACAGGUUCCACAUGUUUUUCCUGUUACAGCCUUAUUGCAGAAUGAAUUGAAUUAAUUUUUACUUCAAAAUUCCACACAUACUACCCCAUAAUGAGUGAAAAGAGUUGAAAUUCUUGUGAAUCUAUGGAAACUAAAACAAUGAAGAUAUAAGAUUUAUAUAAGUAUUCAUGGCCUUUACCUCAGAAACUGGUAUCGAUGAACAGAUUGGGAAAAAAGAACCAUAUCUGCAGCAUUAAAGGUCACAGUGAGCUCAGUGGCCUCCAUCAACCAUGAAUGGAAGACAUUUGGAACCACCAGAACUCUUCCAAGAGUUGGCUGCCUGGCCAGUCUCAGCAAUAGUCAGGGAGUUCACCAACGACCCAAUGGUCACUGACAGAAAUCCAGCAUUGCUCUAUGGAGAGAGGAAAACUUUCCAGAAGGACAAGUAUUUCUGCUGCACUCUACCCAGGCCUGUAUGAUAGAGUGACCAGAUGGAAGUGAUUGCUUAGUAAAAGGCACAUGAUAAUUCAGCUGGAGUUUGCCAAAAGGUACCUGAAGUGCUCUCAGAUGGGAGUCCUUCCUUUUUAUCAGAUGAGAAACAAAAUUCUCCGGUCUGAUGAAACACAGAUUGCACUCUUUGGCCUGAAUGCCAAGCAUCAUGUCUGGAGCAUCAGGUCUUUUAGUUGCCCAACCAGAGUCCAGACCGGAACCCAAACAUCUCUGGAGGGAUCUGAAAAUAUCUGUGCGCCAACGCUCCCAACCAACAUGAUGGAGCUGCAGAGGUGCUGCAAAGAAGAAAAAAGAAUGACAGAAACGUUCCCUAAAAAGGUGUGCCAAGCCUGUAGGGUCACACUCAGAAAUACUUGUGGGUGUAAUUCUGUCAAAGGUGCUGCAUGUUAUAACUUUUUAAUAAGUUUGCUAGACUUUUAAGCUUUUUUUUUUGAUUUGUUAUUAAGGGGUGUUGUGUGUUAAAUUAUGUAUGAAAAUUAAUUUUAUCCAUGUUGGAAUAUGGCUGUUUCAUGUGGAACAGAUUAAGAUGCUAUUAUUACUUUCCAGAUGGACUGUAAUAUAUAUAAAAUACAGAAUUGGCACAUUAUUGCACUGAUGAACUGAUGGACAUCAGUUUUAUUGAUGAGAGGAAAAUUUGCAAUUGAUGAAGGAUUUUCUUAAAAUAUAACAAGCUGUUAUACAAUCUGCUUCUGGCUCAGUAGAUUCAAAGCAAAGUGUUCUGUCACUGGCUGUAGUCAAAUGUAACUGAGCUCAUCAUAUUCUGCUUGUUACUGCUCAUGGAGAAGACUGUCUGACAUUUAAAUCUGAAGUAUUUAAA